UUGGAAUUUGGAAGUUGCUUCGCCUGAUAACUAAAAAGUGAAAAAUUUUUUGAAAAUUUAUGUGUUACCGCGAGGAUCUACGUAUUAUUUUUAUUUCCAUAGUGCUUGAAAAAUUGUGUGGCAUAUUUUUAUUGAGGUGUUCUCACUGUUCUGUGCGCAUCCGGCAUUUGUUUAGCCCUCAGACGUCAGUGAUAUCUCCGUGCGCGUGGACAUCGGUUCGUUUGAUUGGAAUCGGAUUUCUGUUGAUCGUUGAACAAUGGCUGCUCCUCCUGCAAGUAGUCCUGCGGCCCCCUACAAUUAUAACUACAUCUUUAAAUACAUUAUAAUCGGAGACAUGGGUGUUGGGAAAUCGUGUCUACUGCACCAGUUUACCGAGAAGAAAUUCAUGUCCGACUGUCCACAUACGAUCGGUGUGGAGUUUGGUACCCGUAUCAUUGAAGUAUCCGGUCAGAAGAUUAAAUUGCAAAUCUGGGACACCGCCGGACAGGAGAGAUUCCGGGCGGUGACGCGCAGCUAUUACCGCGGAGCGGCUGGCGCUCUGAUGGUUUACGACAUCACACGCCGCAGCACUUACAACCACCUGAGUUCGUGGCUAACGGAUGCCCGUAACCUGACCAAUCCCAACACGGUCAUCUUCCUCAUUGGCAACAAGGCCGACAUGGAUUCCCAGCGCGAUGUAACGUAUGAGGAAGCGAAACAGUUUGCCGACGAUAAUGGUCUGAUGUUUCUGGAGACUAGCGCCAAGACCGGCGACCAUGUGGAGGAUGCGUUCCUGGAGACCGCGCGGAGGAUCUAUCAGCUGAUUCAGGAUGGAAGUUUGGAUUUAAAUGCGGCGGAGAGCGGUGUGCAGCAUAAACCUACGCACGCAACACGACCGCUGGGUGGUGAGCCGGCCGAACCGAAACCCGGGUGUCAGUGUUUGUUCAGGUGCCGUGAAGCAGUUAUGGAUCAGAAAGAGCACCUUGGAGAAGACGCGUUCAGGGACAGCAUUAGCGCAGAAGAAUUGGAAAAUUUGGAGGAAAAAGACAGCUCAGAGGAGCAGAUUUCCAAGGCGCCAGAUUUAGAUGGCCAAGAGCUGCUUAAUAGCGAUACCGCUGGGAAAACGGAUGAACUGGUGGCAGUGAUAGAAAAGGAAACGGCAGAAAAUAACAGUGUCGGAAACGAAACAGUUGUGGGACAAGAGCACAGCUUGAAGUCCGUGCACUUUGAGCCCACUCUGGAUAAGGAUGACGGUGGCGUUCAGAAUAACCUGAAUACGAAUGAGGAGAAAGCGCUGGAUUUCUCUUUCGACAGUCAAUUCGGGAACGCUGCUGCGGUGGAUGCCAAGCUGGACACAUCCGCUUUGGCCUGCUUGGCAUCGGUUGCCGAACUGCUGAGCGGUGCUGACCACGAAGCGUGGUAUAUUCUAUCGAAGGAGAUUCUCCUCGCCAGUAUUAUGGAUCCGUCAGUUAGUUCUACUCUGGAGGUGUGUGAUCAUGAAGGUCUUUCGUCACAAGUCUCGUCGUGUCAGGAGGAAACGUCCUGUAUCAGCGCCUCACAGGCAUCGACAGACGCACAGAGCACAUCUAGUCAAGAUCGGCAGGAAGAGAUAUGGACGCACAGCGGAGUGAUGCGCAAUACCAGUGGAAUGAAAUAUCGCGUUAAGAUUAGGGACGAGUUUCCCACAGUCAGGCGAAGUGGAAAGAUUGUGUGGGAUGACGGCACAUCCGGUGAUGUUCUGGUGGAACCGCUGACGGAUCUGUCCAGUCAGAGCUCAUCCAAUCCCGGCGACUCGAUGGUGUCUUUCGGUGACAGUGACUGGGAUCAGAUUUCAUCUGUGGAUUCGCCGCCGUCGUUAGCGGAGCAGGCGGUGGGGUUGGUCCUGAUUAAUCAGCCGGGAAGCGGGAAAUCUGCAUCUAUCAGUGUGUACACGGAUCCUUCGGUGGAAGGCCCCAUAAUUAGCAUUCCGGACAAGUUUGCCAACUCAAGAAGAGUGGGUAUACCGGUGGCGUUCAAACGCGUUACGGUUGGACGAUCGCGGACAGUGGCGCCUACAGUGGAGCGCAAUGGACCCACUCGAAUCCUGAGAACGACCGUUAAACGGGCGGAACUGCAGUCGAAAGGAAAGCGUACCAGAACUCAGAAUCGCCUAAACAGUCGGCCGAAUGUAUUAAAGUCAGAGAUGAAAAUGGUAGCGCGCCCCAGUGUGGAAAAGGACAUAACGUCAGUCAGUGUGAUGAGCGCCGUCGUGGGUGAGAACGAAGAGCCGGCGAUAUGCAGGCGCUGCAAUCUAAAGCCGGCCGGGCGUGAACAUUUUGAUAGAACCCACAAUGGAUUGCUUAUGGCGGAACAGGAUCGCUUUGAGAUCGAAGAAAAGCGAGUGCGAUGGAAUAUGGUCAUGAAGAAGAAACUAAAACUACGCUGCCAAAUUCCGACAUGCGGAAAGGUUAUGAAUUCUACAACUGCCAUGCAAUAUCACGAGUUGACAUGCGGAGUUGAUGUUGUCAAGGAGGAAUGUCCCGAAUGUCACCAUCAGAUUGCCUCCUCGUAUCUGCGGCAGCACAUUCUGAGCCACAAUCGUCAGGCUGGACAAUACACCCGGCCCCGAAGAAAAACAGGGCACUCGGAGAGUGAUGACCGACUGUCAACUGCGUCCGGUGGAUCGAAACGAAAAUCCGAGGAAAUCGACGAGGGUAUCGUUGUGGACAACAAGCGGCCCACCCGAGGCGUCGGCGGUGAUUAAGUUGUAUUGCUUGCACAAAGGGUUUUGUGUAUAUUUUUGUAUUCUCGUUUGACAGUUUUCAGUGGAGAGCUAAUUUAAGUUGUAGAGGUUUUAAAGCUUACUGUUUUAAUGCUCUUAAAUUUGGCUUUAAAAUUACACUGUAUAUGUGCAACCGCUUCUUCGCUGCUGGUUUGCUUAUCGGUUUGGUACGUGACCUCGGUAGCCGUAGGCCGUCAAUUUUGGCGGCUUUGCGUUUUGAUGUCUGGAUUUUUGCAACGAUUUGCUUGUCAGCUUUGGCUAUGUUAUUUAAAUGUUUCAAAAAGUCGCUGUGUUUACUUGUCGAUUUGCAUUUCGUAUUGCA